CGUUUUUCGAAUGGUACGUUACUUCGACUUGAAACUUAGUAACAGUGACCACUAGGAACAUUUUGGAGAUUUUGAUGUUUCUAAAAUAGGCCGUUAUCUGAACGUGCCUUGAUGUGUUAGGCUUUUCUGGAACCUUCGCUUCCAUGAUCUAUGGGGUUUUACCUACGCAAAGUGUCACUCAGCCUUUUUCAAAAUGGCAUUAAAUGAGAUUUCAUUGUUUUCAGUUACAGAGAAAUUUAACGGAAAACUACAGUAUUAACUCUGCAAAAACAGUCCGAUUAUAAUUUUUUGGUGAUAAAUAAUGUGUCGGUGUGCUUGUGUGACAGUAAUUAAUUUUGAACUAUAGUUCAAGUUUUAGCUGUGAUUAAUAAAUAACCUAUGAAAUACGUAAACAUCUAAUAACCAAUAGUGAGUAGUUCAAAAGAAUCGAGAAGAGUCUACAGAACGUGUUUAUUGAGUAGAAUUUAAGGCAUUUUACUUUGAUGAUAUUUCAAAACUUACCCAGUUAUAGAGGAAUCCAAACCACAGUCUCUCAGUUUGAAUGUGAAUGCCUUUACUAUUAAAUCACCAUGUUAGUAAUGCGAACUUAUCAAAGUGAGAUUGCAGUCGUUUCAUGAAAAUAUCCUACAUACAAUUGGAAAUUACAAUGUAGUCACCACCGACAUGUUUCCCCUGCCACAUCUAAUAAAGGUUCAAUACACUUUCAGAAAUACCAUGUUGGGACGUAAAUUCUUCACGUUUUUUCUCCGUCCAUUGCUUUAUCGCAUAACACGAAAAUAUGGGACACUCAGCGCAACAACCUGUUGCUUUAUGUAUCCGAUAAAACUAUCUCAUAUUUCUACUGAAACUAUAAUGACGAAUUACCAAUAUAUUGAAUAUCCCUUAUUAUCUUCAUUACAAUUACAAAUAGACUCUACAAUCAGUUUUAUAAAUCAACUUCUUAAAGAAUUUCAUACACUUCUAGUUAAUUUAGAGCAAAUUGCUAUUCAAUAUGGUGAAUUACAAUUAUCUUACAUGAAUUCAGACGAGCAAAAUGAUGAAUUAUUAUUAGAGCUACGUUCACAGUGGUCUAUACUUACGCAUAAACUUGAUAAUAUGGAAAUAAUUGUACGUUCUUCUGUAAAUAUUCUACAAAAUUCAUUAGAAACUGCAUUUUUGUACGAAGAAUAUAUUAAGACAACACCUACUAAACACAAACAUUUACCCAAUGAAACUUUAUUAACACAAGCUGGAUUAACUUUUCAUACAAUAGAAAAAGAAUUUAAUGAUCUUAAAAGUAAACGAAGAGAUAUUGUUAAAUUAUGGUCAACCCAGAUAGCUGAAAAUAUUAAACGAUUUCUAUGAUACAACUUGAAGCACUACCAAAGGUACAACAAAAUCAUCUUCAAUGGGAUGAAAGUAUUUUGAACAAAAUUAAAUGUAGUGUUGAUGGUUUAUAUGAGUUAAAAAAUAAAUUUUUAAAUGAAUGGGCUGAUAAAUUUGGUAUAUUAGACGAUUCAGCAAGCGAAGUUUGGAUGAAACCUGAUAAUAUUCAUUCAAUGAUUAUGGAGUCUUGUGAAUUGAAUAAAAACAAGAAUGAGAUAACACAAUCAAAAUUUGAAGACACAAUAUCCAUAUUCAAAGAAUAUGAGUCAGUUUUUAUGUAUGCACCUGUACUAGACAAGGCGGAAUUCUGUUAUCAGUAUGGUAAAGCUUUCAAUGCGAUUGAUUCAGAUUUGUAUGCUGGUAACAUUAGUAGUCUUCAUGAUAUGACUGGUGAUGAUGAUAAUGAUACUGUCAAUGAUUUCACGAGUCCAGCAGUUCAGUGGUUAACUAAAGCUUUAAAAUUUAAUCCACAACAUUUAGAAGCAUGGUGUGAAUUAGGUGAUUCAUGUUGGCGACAAGGUGAUCCUUGCCAAGCUGCAGAUCAUUUUCGACAAGCAUUAAAAAUAGAUCCAAAAUAUGUAAAGGCACUUUGUAAUUUGUCAAUGGUAUUACGUCAACCACCUAAUACUACUACUAAUAUUAGUGAAAAUAUUGAUGAUAUAUCAUCAUAUGAAUCUGAUAAAACUAAAUCUCUCUCCUCCUCACCAUCAUCGUCAGAUACACCGAUGAAAUGCUCCAUUUUUCAUCAAUCUGUUGAUUUAGCUCAUCAAGCAGUUAGUCAACAGCCUACAAAUGGUUAUGCAUGGUCUAUACUAGGCAAUGCAUUACUAACUUUAUUUUUUAAAAGUUUUAGUUCAACUAUUACACCAACCACUGUUUCAUCAUAUGACAAAAAUUCAUCAAUCAAUAAAUCUCCACUGAUCUCAUCAUCACCACAACUUAUUAUGACACGAUGUAUUGCUGCAUACGCACAAGCUGUCAAAGAUCGUUCAAUUGCAUUAGAGCCGAACUUUCAUUAUAAUCGUGGUUUAGCUUGGCAUUAUCAGGAUUUAUUUGGACAAACAUUGAAAUGUUGGUUACAGGCUGUUUGUUUAGAUCCAGGCUGGCCUGCUCCACAAUAUGGUAUUAAACGUAUUAUUAAAUUUGUUAUGGAGUGGCAUAAAUUAAUGGAACAAUUCCACAAAAAACAAUCAAUCCAUGUUCACUCUACAGAAAUCAAAUCAGAUCAAACAGAAUUAUCAUCUAGCACAUUAAAGACAAGUUCCAUUAAUCACAAAUCAUCAAUUGAUAAACAACACCAACAAAUGAAUAAUGAAGAUGAGUUUAUUUCACCUCUUAGUCCGUUAAAGAAAUUGAUGGUGACAACUGUGCUUGAAAGUAGCAAUACAACGAAUACGGAUUCGUCUAGCAGUAAUAAUAAUAAUAAUGAUAAUAAUAACAGUAAUAGUGUUGUCCUCGACCAAUCAGAUAUAAGUCAAAACGUAUCAUCAUUGAAUCCCAAAGAGAUAUCAGCAUUAAAUCGUCUACUGGGACCUUAUUGUCCAUUUUCUGGCAAUGAUAAAAAUAAGUCUGGAUCAAAUUUCCAAACAAAAUGGAGUAACAGUGGUAGUAAGAAGAAAAAACACUUGAAAGCUUCUAAAUAUAGUAGUAAAAACAAUAAUAAUAACGACACUUUAACCGAUUCAUCAAGGACUAAUGACAGUCGGUUAAAUUCAUUGGCUAAUUCACAUUGUUUACAGUUUGCUCCAUUCAGUAAUUUACAAGUAGGAUUCAACAAGAACACUGUAUGCAUUGGACGUGUAUUUGCUGAAUUACCUAAUGAUUCUGAUUUAGCAUUAAAUUUACUUUUAAUCGAUCCAUAUGGUACCCCAUUUGCUGUACGAUUGUAUAAUGUUGGAAAAGGUGUUGGACCAACUCGGAAAGACAUCAUUGCUAUACCUCACCCGUUUGUUGAAGAAAUUUUAAUUGAAGGCUUCGUAUUACAUGCAUGUCUAAAUGCAUUGUCAAUUUUAGACAAUCAAUAUCUAUGUGAUAUGAUAGAGAAGUUUUCAUACCUUCGUACAUCUACGGCGUCGACUACUACUACCACUACUACUGACAACGAAUUAAGUAGUAGUGGUGGUAGCAAUGUUAACUGUACAAAGUCUGAAUCGAAUGCUCAAUCUUCUAAUGAACCUACUAUUAAUCUUCCUAAUCAAUUAAUGAAUCUUCAUAUGCGCAUCAUACGUGUUCCAUUGCCAAAUUUUCUUGUAGUUAAUGGUCAAACAGUUGGAUCUAGUUGGACGGCUGCACCCGUUUUAAAAAAUAUUUUUUUUACUUGAAUAAGAUUAAUAGUAUGCAUCGGUCUCGUUUAUUACUGAUUACUUUUCUGGAUCUAUUGCUUAACUGUAUUGUUUUUUUUGAUUUUGUCAAACCUUUCACUCUGAAUUUAUCGUUUUCACAUGAGUUGACCAUAGUGUGAAUGUGUGUGUGUGUGUGUACAUAUUAAUAUACAUGGUAGAUUAGUGACAGCUUUAAACUUAAGUUUUCUGUUCAUAUAUGCUCAUAAGUGUGAUAUAUAGGUGCUACUUGAAAUAAAUCAUGUUUAAUUCCACAGUUUAUUGUCUUAUCCAACCAGUUAGUUACAAUUCAUCGAUCAUUAGGUGGUAAUCAAUGUCAUGUGUGUCAAGUCCUUCUGAGUGCAGAUCGAAUGCUAUCGACCAAGUUGAGAUGUGGCCACUAGUCAAGGUGACUCGACAUUACGUACACUAUGUUGAGAUAAGAUGGUGGUUGGAGGUAGUCAACAGGAAACCCUUGGCCCGAGUUUCGUGCUACUUGGCACUCGUCAGCAAGGUGCACCUGUAAUCUUGAGGACUGGUGCUCCCUGACGGAUUCGGCCCCGUGUCACCCAGCUUCACAGUCAGAGACGUUACCACUGAGCUAUCUGGGCCGCACCCACCCCACUGUAGGACUGAGGUGUAAUCACAAUUGAUAGAUCACUGGGUGGUGAUCAGUAUCAUGUAUAUCAAGUCUUUCUUAGUUAGUUAUUGUAGCUUUUUUCUUCUACAUAAUUAUUAUGUAUCACAAUGGUUGAGAUUUUUCACUCCAUAUACCUGUAUAUAAUGGUUCGUGAUUAAUAAACAACUUUGGGCGUCUAUAUAUCUCACUAUGUAUUAGUUACUAAUUUGUGGUGGAUAUAAAUGGUGGCUUAUUGAUAUAGAAUAUUUAAAAUCCUGUCCAAUGGGUCAUUAACCUUAGUAAAUACAUCGGAAUAGCAUUAAUUAGACGUCAUGCGAAUGUUGUCUCCAAUACCAUAGUUUAGUAAGUAUAGUUUUAACUAUAUACUAAUACGGGGUGACGUUGCUAAAUACCAACAUUGUAGGUUGUUUACCUUUUAAUUAGAAAUUUUUGUUUCUAAUUCACAUUUCGAU